UAUUAAGAUUUAAAUGAAGUAUGAGGCUUCUGUAAGCUUGUUUAAGACAAUUAUUAACUUGGGGCUUGUAAGAAGUUUUUGUUUUGAAUACCCAAUGUGUCGCUUGGUUGGAAGUGGGGUUUACUCCAAGCUUUUUGACCAAGGUUCCAUCAUUUGGGCAGGAGGUAAUUCCUCCCAAAUCACCUAUGGCUGAUGUGGAUGGCUUCCUUUACUGCACCUGUGUUAUUUCUAAAGUUCAUUGUUUCCUUGUUUCAGUUAAGUAGAAUUUCUUGGCAUUUGGUUUCACGAUCUUCAUUUUGCUUGAGAAAACAAACAUAGAGCCCACUAGUUUUUUGUAUGUAUAACAAUGGACCCUAUAGAUUAAAGUCAAAGUUCAUGAUGUUUAAAACAUUGAAGAUAUACUUUCCCAUUUCUAAUGGAAUUAUAAUGUUAUUGACCAUCGUUUUAUGGAAUUUCCUGUUCAUUUAAAUUAUAAAUAUCGUACCAUACUGUGGAGAUUUACCAGCAACUCUUGUCACAUUUAGAAUCCAUCAAUAAAGAAAUAAAGUUUCCCAUUUAGAGUUCUGUAAAGAAGCUUCUAUCAGUUGACGAGUUUUAGAUAUCAAAAAGAAUAUUUGUGUCAUUUAAACUGUUAUCUUUGUAGAUCUGCACCUUUAGCCAAUAUGCCGUAUUCUUCAGAAAUUUCUGUAUUAGUCUUAAAUUAAUAUUCUAUGAUCUUAGUUGGCUCAAAUAGGGCCUUGAGGUGAGUUCCAUUCGACAAUAGUUCCAAGUUCCACCUUUAAGUUUUAUAU